AUGACUUUCUUUGCUUUGUUGCUGGGACGUUAAUCUGCAAGUGUGAAAGUCACUUGUAUGAUAUCUACACCAGCAUAGAAGAUUGCUGAACCUCAAAGCUGCCGAGAGCUUUCUCUGCGGUGGUUGUGUCAGCGGGACAUUUUAUAUCUAACCGUACUAUAGGCUUUUCUUUCCAUGUCCGCCAGGCCUAAGGCACUGCUGAUUACCGUGGGAACAACAGGCUUUGACAGUCUUAUCAAAGUGGCAUGUUCUAAAGCCUUUGUGGAGACGGUAGCCUCUCUACAGUUUUCUAUAGUGUACAUGCAGUAUGGAUCAUCUGCAAAGGAAUACGAUGAUGAGUAUUAUGGGAAAUACAAUAUACGGAUAGUUGCUUUUGACUACUGCGAUUCUUUAGCGGGAUACAUAAAGAAUGUGGACCUAGUGGUAGGUCAUGCAGGUGCUGGAACGAUUCUCGAUUCGCUACGGGCAAAGCGGAGUCUAGUCGUUGUUGUAAAUGAAAGCCUGAUGGGAAACCAUCAACAGGAGAUUGCGGCUGCCAUGGCAGAGAAGAAUUACUUGCUCAAAGCAACUCCCGAAACGUUAUGUUCCAUACUGAAACAACUUCCUGAAACUGUGUUUACCCCGUAUUGUGUGGAAGAAAAUGCCUUAUGUAGUUAUCCCGAUGCUCAGCCUCAGCUGUUUUCUUCCUUUUUAGACAAAGAAAUGAAUUUUGAUUCUAUUGUUUGUUUUAGAGGUUAG